AUGGGUCAAGGUUCAUCAAUACCUGAAGCUUCUUCAGGAGAUUCAAAUGAAUCAAUAAAAGAUCUUACUUCUGAAUUGGAGAUUGUUGAUUAUUUCAAUAAGAGAGUGAUAUCUCAAUUUUCCAAUAUUGAACUACUUUGUUUCAAACAUCUUCUUGAGAUAGAUGACUAUUCUACUAUAAUUGAUGAUGCUGUUGUUUAUAAACUAUUACAAAUCCAAGACGUCUCUGAUAGAUUGAGAAAUCUAAUACUUAAUUUUAUUAAAAGGCUAACCAACUUUCCUUUUAUAUCAACAGUGGCAGAUAAUGUGACAGCUUAUGGUUUAUUGAAAACCAUAGUAAUAUUACAGAAACAAAAAUUUAUAAAAUAUACAAAUAACAAUCAAUUAAAUAUGCUAAAAAUUCUGUUUAUUGCUUUAGGAGAUUAUGAUAGAGAAGAAGAUAAUAAAAAAAUAUUAGACUGCCAUAAUAUUUCUAUUAGUACUAUCUUAACUACAUAUGACGGUAUUCCAAUACAUGAUAUUUCAGUUUCCUCAUCCAAUAUGAUAUCAUUUCUAACAUGGAUUUUGGCUUUAUCAAAUGUCUGUCCAACUAAUAAUUCCAUAGUAGAUACCAAACAUAUGUUCAAAUACUGGGAAAAAUAUGAAACAUCUGCAAUCUCUUUGGUAAGAUCCAUGAACCCUGAUAUUAUUAAACCAGAUGAUAAUCAGAACAUUUUAUUUAUCCAAUUCAAAACUGCUCUAGAAACUAUAAUGCCACACGUGUAUUUACCAUUGGAACAUCUUUUGAACCAUUUACUUUUUAUGGAAUCCAGCCUAAUUAAAUCCCAAGAAAUUGAAAUAUCAUUUCAGGAAUCAAAAUUAAUGACAUUUGCUGUUGCGUCGCAAUUAUCAACAUUGUUAAGGAACGAUGUUGUUAUUUCAAAACUUCAUAAAUUAUACUCUGGAAGAGAGAGUGGAUUUUCCAUGCGUUCAUUUCAAUCAAAAGCUUUUAAAUGGAAUGCUCCUACUAUUCUGUUGAUAUCUGGUAUGCGUGUUACUGAUGACGUUGAAUAUGCAACUAAGAAAAAUCCUAGAUAUAAAAAAUUUAUAGACCAAUAUCCUAGACUACGCGAUUUAGACCAAAAUUUAGAGCCUUGUCAUUCGAAACUAAGAAAGGUUACUUUUGCUGUAUAUGUAGAUGAGCCAUGGAAGGUGAGUAACAAACUACAAUUUGGAGGAUUAAAGACUUUGAUAGUGGAAUUAUCCCCAAGACAAGAUUGUUUCAGGGCAGCAAAGCCAGGUGUAAUUUAUUUCAACACCGUAGGUGGAGGCAUUGGCAUUGGUAGUUCUCAGCCUGUGCAGAAAAAAAAUAGUCUUUCAUAUACACCGGGAAAUGUGUCAUUGACAAUUGACAACUCUCUGGAAUUUGGGGCGUUUAGACAUACUGGAUAUGGUGGAUCUAUUGAGCCAAGUUCAAUAUUACAAAAGAAAGAAGAUGCCACUAGAACGUUCGAAAUCAGAUUUUUAAUUCAAGAUAUAGAAGUAUGGGGUUGUGGUGGAGAGAAAGAAAUUGAUGAACAACUGAAACAAUGGGCAUGGGAGGAGGAGGAAGCGAAGAAAAGACAAAGAGUAAACCUGAAGUCUAUGGGUGAAGAUCGAGCACUGUUAGAAAUGGCAGGAAUAAUUGGAAAUCAUGCUCAUAGUGGCGGUUCACUAUAA